AUGCUGGCCGCUUUGGCAAUGGUUCUGGGGGCCAACUAUGUCGUAGAACAGCCCAGUUCAUCGACUCUUGUUUUUUGGCCACAUAUUCAAUAUUUGUGCAGUCUACACACCACACUUUUCAAGCGUUUUUGGAUGUCAACAUUUAACCAUUGGACCGCAAAGCCGUCAUACCUAUUUGGAUCUGCGCCAUGGCUGGAUCAAAUCGAAUCCAAGAGAGUUUGCAAAGUUGGAUCUGGACAGGGAAUGGUAAAGAAAGCCAUAUCAAAGUCUGGACGAAAAACAGUGGCUGGUGGCCCAUCAAUGCGAUCAUCGGCUGCAUACCCGGAAGCAUUCACUGAGUUCGUUAUGGCCAAGCAUUAUGUCAACCCUGAUCCACCUUCGAUCCAGCUGCCAGAGGACUUGACCGAUCUCCAACCGCCUCAGCCGCUGUUUCAGUGGGAACACGCUGACUUAGAACCUCUGCGAGCUUUUCUACUUCAAGCAGUGAAGGAGGGCAAGUUCAACCCUCAACCGAACCUGCCACUUUAG